CCAUCUAACUUUUAUGCCUUUCCAUCCUUCCCACCCUUUUUCUCAUCCUCCUCCAUAGAUAUAUAUAUUUCUUCAAGAAACCAUGACUUCAACCUCUAAAAACAACAACCAACACAAUAAUAUUGUGAUGAACAUCUCAUGUAAUAACAAUAAUAAUAAUACAACUUUUGUCCAAGCUGAUUCCUCUAACUUCCGUUCCGUGGUCCAAAAACUCACUGGUUUUGAAUCCAACAAGCUCCCCAUCAUCGAUCGAGCCCCGUCAUCGACCUUCAAGUUACACGAACGGAGGCAUAGUACAAGAAAUCUUGACUGUAUUUUUACAGGUAAGACCACGAAUUUGUCGAAAAUUAGUAGUAGUAGUAGUUUUCUUGCAUCUCCAGUUUCACCUCUUGAAAUGCUGACACGUGGAAUAAGUCCAAGAUCAACCAUGGAGGAGGAUGAAGAAGAAGAAAAAAGAGCUAUAGCUGAGAAAAGAUUUUACUUGCAUCCUAAUACUCCUAGAGCCUCUCAACCACCUCAACUCCUAUCUCUAUUUCCUCUUCAAUCUCCUAAAUCCACACAUCAUUCAUAAAUUAAUAGCGUAACUUUAACUUGACCUCAACUGAUAUAUAAGUAGCUAGAUAUUUAAA